GUUACGGCAUUUUAUUGUAGCCUCAUCAUGGUCCUUUAAGAUUCAGUCAGCAGCUAGUGAUUUGACAUUACAACUAUAACAAAAGAAACGCAGAUAUGUCCCAACUCACAAACACAGCAUUAUGGAUGGACGAGAACUGCGAAUGCAGCGUGCGCCGAAACCACGAGCUACCAAUUCCUGGAGACGGCGAAGUCUUGGUCCAAGUGCUAUAUUCAGGAAUCAAUCCAGCCGAUAUAAAACAUGCUACACACCUCGGAAUUCGGCCAGUAGUCAUGGGAUACGACUUCUCCGGCCGAGUCAUCAAAGCAUCAUCAGGGUCUAAACUUGAAGCUGGAGAUAUCAUUGCCGGCUAUACUCCAACUGGCCUCGGCCGAGCGUCAAGAUAUGGCACACAUCAGACUUAUCUUGCGUGUCCAGAGGAUAUGGUCUUCAAAGUGCCCGACCAUGUUCCUCAUGCCGAUGCAGCGUGUUUGACUACUGUGGUCAAAACUGCUGCGGACGCUCUUUUCAAUAUCUUGGAGUUCAACCUUCCUCCCAAAUCUUCGACUGGUUCCGUUGGGCCUGUGCUCAUCUGGGGAGCAUCUUCCAGUGUUGGCAUUUGUUGUGUUCAAUUCGCUCGUGCAGUUGGCGCGAGACAUGUCAUGGUUACCGCGUCUACAUCGAGACACGAAGAAUUGAAAGCGCUUGGUGCGACACAGUGCUUUGAUUAUAAGUCCCCAGAAGUCACCAGAGACAUCAAAGAAACGAUCGAUUCCCUUGGGUCCGAUCCAGUACUUCAUGCCAUUGAUGCCGUCGGCACUGAGAGCGAGCCUUCGUCUGCAGAUCUGCUCAGCCAAUGUGUCGCUGCUGAAGCAAACCUCUUAUCGGUCAUCGUUCGCCGGGACCCAAAAUUCGGUAUGCCGUUGGCUUGCAAGAGCCGGGAAGUGAAAUUUCGAUUGCCAAUCGGACAUGAGAUACUGCUUGCUCCCAACCCGUCCGAAGAGCAGCGGAUGGAUCUUGCGCUACAAUGGGUCCUGGAGAACUACGGGCGUGAGAAUGGCUUCGUUUUACCUCAUGUCCGUAUCAUCGAACAUUCAGCAGAAGAGACACUGAAGGAGUUGCAGCAUGUUGCCAAUCAGGGAGCUGGCUUUGAGAAGAUAGUCAUCAAGCAUCCGCUUCAAUGAAUGGGAGAAUGCUAUGGAAGAACAGAUCAGUACUAUCAAAGGGCAAGAGGUGUGGCAUGGGGACCAAUGCUUAGACGGAAGUUAUUUCUCUCUAGGAAGCAGAAAGAAUUCAAUUUGCUCUCCAGAAUGGUAGAAUAUACCAGAUCCCAAGCCAACUGACAUAAAAGAGAGUCGUGGUUAUGACAAGAGUAGUCAUCUCGACGCU